AUGCCCUUUGAUGCCACCCUCAAUAGGCACCUUGUGUGGGCUGCAAAUACCAUUGCAAGAGAAUUGGGCACAACUGCAAGGAACCAGUAUGGUGCAGCCUGUCAGGGCCUUCAACUUGUUAAUAUGCUCAAUUUCAUGGAACCAUUCAUUGGCAGCCAAUUACACCCAUCUCACCAGUCUGUGGUAGAGAUGGGUAUCCUCUACUUGGAAUGCUGGAUUGAGGUGGCCUCUAAUCAGCUUAAUAGCUUGAUUUUGGUGACAGUGUCAUGCACAGGUUAUACUCCUCCCCUCCCAGCAUGCUACUAUGUGUACCUCAGACACCAACAUGAUGGGGUUAACUUCUGCCAUCAUAUGCAGCUAAUUCCCCUUACUGAUCCCCAUUCCAACUUUACAUCCCCUUGGUGGCUAUAUUGUUCUGAGGAAUACCAAGUGGAUUCCCAAAGAUUACAAGGCAAGGAGUUGUUUUCUGCAGCCAGGGAUUUCUUUAAGUUGAUGAUGGCCCAGGGCUUGUGGCCAUUGCCUGAGGUGCCAAUCACAGACCAUUUUGAUGGCCAUAUCAAGGAGCAGGUCAAAUACUACAUCAAAAAUAUUUCAAAAUAUGCUGAUCUUGUCAACACUUGGGUCAAGAAAUCAACCAUUUCUAUGCUAGGUGUUUAUGAUGCACACCCUUUGGCUCUGAGUACCCACCCAUCUAUGAUGUUUAAGCACCUAUCCAUCUGCAAAAUCUCUGAAAUGCUGCCUGUCUGA